CUGAGGUGGAGAAGACAUGUGAUUGAUCUUUAGGGCACCAGAGGUUACAAACUACGGAUAAAACUUGUCAAAAUUCUUGAAAAAUGCCAUCUUUAACCAAUGGAGAAGAAGGACUGAUAUAUCAGUUUAAAAACUGUAAACUUCUGAAGGAGCAUGAUAUUAUCCGCGAUGACCUGUGGGUCAGAAAUGGUGUGAUUUUGAACCCAGAAAAGCUGUUUUUUGAUGAGAAAGCCUAUGCAGAUGUUCAGAUUGACUGCAAUGAUGCUAUUAUAUCAGCUGGCUUUAUCGAUGUCCAGAUCAAUGGGGCGUCAGGUGUGGACUUUUCCUUGCUCUCUGAUGACAUUGAGAAAGAUGUCACCACUGUCUCACGGCUGAUGCUUGAACAUGGAGUAACAUCAUAUUGUCCUACAAUAGUUACCUCCCCUGUUGAGGUGUACAAAAAGGUUGUCCCUCGGAUACAGAAGUGUAAUGGAAGCCGUCGUGGAGCUGGUAUAUUAGGGUUACAUUUGGAGGGUCCGUUCAUCAACAAACAGAAGAAGGGAGCUCACCCAGAGGAUCUUAUCUGUUCAUUUGAUGGCGGGUUUGAGGAUGUCAUGGCAGUGUAUGGCCAGUUGGAUAAUGUCGCAAUCGUGACUAUUGCCCCAGAGAAACCACGUUCCCCAGAGAUCAUACAGGAGCUGGUGAAGCGUGGGAUUGUCGUCUCUGUCGGUCACUCUGUAGCUAACCUAGUGGAUGGAGAGGAAGCUGUCAGAAGUGGAGCAUCUUUCAUUACUCAUCUUUUUAAUGCCAUGCUACCUUUUCAUCACCGUGACCCUCACCUGAUGGGUUUACUGGGCAGUAAGAAGAUUGAGGGGAAGUUUGUGUAUUUUGGACUGAUCGCAGACGGUAUCCACACCCACCCAGCUGCCCUCAGGAUUGCUCACAGGGUCCACCCAGAAGGCCUUGUGUUGGUGACUGACGCAAUGGCUGCAAUGGGUUUGUCGUCCGGCACCCACACCAUUGGUCAACAGAAAGUAGAGAUUAUCAACCAGACCAAAGCAGUCCUGGCCGGUACUGAUACACUCGCUGGAAGUAUAAUAACUAUGGAUCAGUGUGUGAGGAAGUUCCUCAAAUCAGCAGGCUGUACAAAAGUACAGACCUUGGAAGCUGCGACACUCCACCCUGCUCAGCUCCUCAAUAUCACAGACAGAAAGGGUACAUUGGAGUAUGGAACAGAUGCGGAUUUUGUCAUCCUUGAUGAAGAUUUGAACGUUCAAGCUACGUACAUCGCAGGAGAGUUAGUCUGGGACAGUCCUGGUUUCCCUGAGAGGAAAGAAACGAAAAUUGUAGAUUAA